AUGGAGGAAAAGGAGACAACUAACGAUUUCAUAACAAGAAUUAUUCGAUUAGUGAAUCAAGUGAAAGCAUGUAGAAAAAUGGUCAUAGAGCAGUAUGUUGUCGCGAAAAUCUUGCAUUCUUUAACGCCAAGAUUUGACAAUGUGGUUGUAGCGAUUGAGGAAUCGAAGGAUCUUGCGACGAUGAGAAAAGACGAGUUGCAAAUCUCCCUUAAGGCUCAUAAGCAAAAGAUGGAAGAGAGAAAUUGUGACAGUACAAAGGCUGAAAUCAUUUUGCAAGCUCGUUUCAAUAUGUUCGAUCGUUUCGCAAGAGAGUGCAAUAUAAACAAGAAGGAACCUCAAGGGGAUGAAGCCAAGGUUGCAAUACAAGAGUUUGAUGAGGAGAACACACUUUUGAUCAUGAUCACAGAAGGGGAAUGUAGCAGCAACAGAUUGUGGGACAGCAACAAUAGCAGUUUUGAAAACACUGUAGAAACAUGUUGUAACCAGUUACGUAAAAGUUGUAACCAGUUACAGGUACAAGAAAAUGUCAUGAUGAGUACGAAAGGUGCAGUUCAGUGCAACAAGGAAUGGUAUUUGGACUCUGGGUGUUCUACUCAUAUGAAAGGGAGGAAGGAUUGGUUUGUUAAAAUCAAUUGUGCCAUGAAGAACAAAGUGAAGUUCACGGAUGUCAGCACUCUAGUGUCUGAUGGGAUCAAUGAUGUUUUGAUCAUGAUAAGGGAUGAUGGACAUUCCUUGAUAAAAGAUAUAUUGUAUAUUCCAGGAAUCAAAUGUAACCUUCUAAGUAUUGGUAAAUUGCUUGAGAAGGGUUAA